AAAGGACAGACCUUCAGAACUGAUGCCUGCAUAACAAAAUGUUCUCCGGCUUUGAGCUCAGCCAAACUCAGGAAGAUGGGCCUGAAUUCCUCCAAGGCUCGUAGGAAGGUCACCAAAGUGACCCCCAUGCCAAGCAAAGAACGAGAACCCAAACAGCCUGGCAGCGUGACAGUAUAUUCCUUCCAGACCCCGCCGAGCUCAUUUGUCUCCCCACCAGGGAGAAACCCAGUUUUGGAAAGGCAACUUCCACCUUUGCGAGAGAUGUGGUAUGGAAGAUAUCCCACAGAGUGUUUCCCCUUUAUGAAACUCACAAAUGAAAAAAUACUCAAAGUGCCCAGGCCAAAUCUGUUAGACCACACACGAGGAGGAGGAGGAGGAGGAGGAGGAGGAGGAGGAGAGGCAAGCAUCAUCAAGCAACAUCCACCUCGAAGGCUUCAGAAAUUGGAGCCAUUUAUUCUGGCAGAAAACAGCCCUGCAGACAAAUACUUGAAUCUGCCAGGUGGGACCGUGACACGGAAGGAAAAGGAACUAGAGAGAGGAGGGCUAGCUGCUAAGCACCCCACUGGAAGAAGGCAAUAUUUACUCAAGAUGAAGAUGCUUGAAAUAACAAAAGAGGCAGAACUGAAGAGGCGUCUGCAACAGGAGGCUAGGCUUAAUAAGCCAAAACUAAGGGAUCUUCAUUUGCUGGGCACUUUUGAGCAUAUGCAGGGAACUCGAAGCUCUGAUGAUGAAGAGCUACACUGUACUGAGCAUGACCAAAUAUUCAACAGAAGCUGUGGAGAUUUGUGGCAUAGAGAAUUUCUUAAAGAGCGUGGGUCACCUAAAUCCCAUCUGGACCAGAGGGACAAAGUGGAGACAUGGCUGUUGAAGCAACAAGCGACAGCAGAAUCAUCUUCAGAUGCUUCAAGCAAUGACUCCAAUAACUGGAAAGAUGACAGUGACAACUUUAGGAAACCUUAUCGGAGACCUGCUUUAGUGAGAACUAAGACAGAAAGGAUUACCCUUUUUGAUGAUUUUUUUGAUAAGGAGCUUUAAAUUUAAAUAAGGCAUGUAUAAGACCGUCUUUUAGAGAUGGUGUCCUGGCAUAUAUUGCCUUCCAUUUGUAAUUCUUCCGUAUUUAUCUAUCUAUCCAUUCAUAUUUGUUCUUGCCUUAUGCAUUCUGUAAAACAGGAGAAAACAGAGUAUGCCAUUGGGGUCAAUAGCCAGCCUGCAUUCACAGUACUGAAGCCCCCCUCUAGUCUAAAUGCUAGUCAGCAUUUGAGUUUGAAUACACACCUUUUCUCAGGCAUGGGCUUUAACACUUAGGCUUUAGCACAGAUUCUCAGGAGAUUUCCCUCAGCUUCUUCUUCUUGUAGAGAAAAAAUUAUUUGUUCUUUUAAAAGAAGAAAGAGAACUCCGGGGAAACAGAGCGAGAAGUUUUUGCGUUUGAGCUAGAAAAAGGAGUGGGCUGUACCAUCACUCCAACAGCUCUGAUAAAUAGCUGAAAUUACUCCAAGAGGCUGGAGGAAUGCAGCAGAGGACUUUUUACUGGGAUUCAUUUUACAACUUAUCUAAGAAAUGAAGAAAGAAAUAUGUAAGUGAUUUAAGCAAGAGCUGCAUUAAAUUCUAAUUUCUUUUGCUCUGCGUGCUUAUGUCCAAUAUGCUUUAUAUUUCUGUUUAAAAAAAAUGUUUGUGUUUUAUCACAGACUGGAAUCAUAUAUCAGGCAUGUUCUAUAUUUCAUUCUCUAAGUUCUUGUGAUGAUGAAGAUGAUGAUGAUGAUGAUGGAAUGGAGAAAUACUAUUUAUAGUAGACCAACACAAUCUUGUCUAUUUGGAGCAAUACAUUGGCAGUUUAAUGUUCUUUUUUUUUUGUUUUACAAAUGCUAUAUCUACUUUCUUCAACAUAGACGGUUUGUAUUUUGAGUAUUUAAAGUUAAAAAAAAAUAUAAUAUACCUUUUAAAAAAAAGUUUGAUUUUGUUUACCACUUGUGAGAUUAAGUUAUUUCCCAAAAGGGAGAAGAAACUUCUAGUCAUGUACCCUUACAUACAAACCAAGGAAACUCCAUUAUAAGAAUUAUUUAAUUCCCUUCCUAUCACAGGUUCUUUUGAAACUACAACCAAUCAGAAUGACCCAGACUCAAUACAGACACAAAAGCAUUAGAAAUUGGGACAAUUGGUUUAUUUUGCAUCCCCUUACAGUGACUUUUUAUACAAGGACGUCUUACAAAACAGAAUUGUAAAUUAUGAAUGUCUUCAACUGUUAUAUAAACAAAUGUAU